ACAUACUGCUGAACAGAGUCGUCUAUAGUUUUCCCUUCAAUCGAUGAAACGUCAACUGUGCAAUGUUGAAUGCCGACCUGCAGUUGUUCGUGGGCAUGCUUCUGAUUUUGCUGAGGCACGGCUGCGGAAUCAAGUUCACGCUGCUCCACACGAACGACAUGCACUCCUGGUUCGAUCCGCAGUCGGAGAGCGGUGGAAAGUGCCAGGCGGGCGACGAUAAGCAGGGACGCUGCUUUGGGGGAUUUGGUCGCGUGGCCACUGCCGUCUCAGAGGCCAGGAAGGCGGGCACGGUGAUCUAUUUGAAUGGCGGAGACACGUUCCAGGGCACGCCCUGGUACACGACCUACAAGGGGAAAAUGGUGGCUCAGCUGAUGAAUAUGCUGGCCCCCGACGCCAUGGCGCUGGGUAACCACGAGUUCGAUGAUGGCGUCGAUGGACUCGUCUCGUUUCUGGAGCUGGUCAAGUUUCCUGUAUUGGGCUGCAACCUGGAUCUGCGGAAGGUGCCCAAGCUGCAGGCCUUGAAGCAGCUGGUUAAAUCCACGAUCAUCACCAAGGAGCACACAAGGAUCGGAAUUGUGGGCUAUAUACGGCCGGAUACUAAAGAUCGUGUCCAGCCAAGCGAUGUGGCUUUCACCAAAGAGAUACCCGCCAUUAACGCGGAGACAAAGAAGCUUUUGGAUCAAGGGGCUACCAUCAUCAUUGCUCUGGGACACGCCGGAUUCGAAAAGGACAAGGAGAUAGCCAGGGACUGUCCAGAUGUGGACAUCGUCGUGGGCGGCCAAUCGCACACGUUCCUCUACACGGGCAAGCCCCCAGAUAAGGAACUGCCCGAGGAUCGCUAUCCCACCAUCGUUUUUAAGCCGGAUGGGAUCAAGGUGCUCGUCCUGCAGGCAUAUGCCUUCACCAAAUAUCUGGGCUUCAUCGAUCUGGAGUUCGACAAUGUCGGCAACAUGUUGAGCUUCAAGGGCAAUCCCAUUCUUCUGGACAACUCGGUCGAACCCCGCCGGGAUGUCCAGGAACUGUUGGACAGAAAGCGCAAGGUAAUCGACGACAUGGAACAACACGUGGUAGGCACUACCAUGGUGCACCUGAACGGGGAUCGGACCAGCUGCAGAUUGGGGGAGUGUAACUUUGGGAACAUUAUCGCGGACAGCUUGGUCUAUGCCCGAGUGCUGGAGCAGACGGGUGAAAGGAAACACUGGACGGAUGCGGCCAUUGGGUUGAUGAAUUCGGGAGGGAUACGGGCCUCGAUCGGUCCGGCCCAGACGGGGGCCAUCACGGAGGCGGACGUGAUGACCGUGUUGCCCUUCGACAGCGACCUGUACUACACCAGAAUCAGUGGCGAUCACCUAAUGAAGGCCUUGGAGCACUCUGCUGAUCAGCGAGACACGGAGUCGACUGGGGGCUAUCUACAGGUGUCCGGAUUGCGCCUCAAGUUCAACUACAACCGGACCAAGGGCCAGCGUAUCUCGUCGAUCCGCGCCCGGUGCACCAACUGUCAAAUACCCUUCUACGAGAUCGUCGACAGGGAAAAGUACUAUGGUGUGAUUGUGCCCUACUUCCUCCUGGCCGGCGGGGAUGGACACAGCUUUGUGGAUCCCGACCAGCCAGAGUUCUCCAAACUGUUGAUGAACGAUCGCGAGGCGCUGAUCAGGUACCUCCAGGAGCACAAGAUCGUCUAUCCAGAGCGUGAGGAGCGCAUCAUCGGUCUGGAGAGGAAAGCGUCCUGCUCCAGCAGGAUUCUGGCAAGGCUUUUACUCAUUUUCUUUUUCCCUAUUCACUUCACCCUUCAAUGAUUACGUUAAAGAUUGCCCUAUAAUACACUAUCAGAUCAUUUUGCAUCUACGACUGUUCUUCUGCUGCUUAGAUACAAGGUGCAAAACGAUCUCAUUGACAUCAUUAUCAUUAGCAUUCACAUUGGCCUUCUGUUUUUGCCUAUUACUUACGUAAUCUCUUACAACGAUCAGCAGUCCGGUCCUGAGCAUUGACCUCUCCCAUAUGGUCGAGGGAGAACUGAACUCUAGCAUGCGCAUAUUUUCCAGAUCAGCGCUCAACUUCUUGUGACUGAUCUGACACUGGUCUUCAAGUUCAUAUUUCCAGGUGCUACCAGCAUGACUUGGACUCUCCAUUCCAUCUGUCGCUCCCUGUAAUUGACUACCAAAUGAAUGCUACUUAUCUGUAUCUACUUCUGUGCCUCUGACUCUGUUGCUGUCGCUCUGUCGCUGUCGCUGUCUCUGUCUGAGUUGGAGUCGGAGUUGGAGUCUCAGCUCUAUGUUCGUUCUGGGCUGUCUUCUGCUAGUGCUAAGCACUAUUAAAUUCCCCAUGGUUAGGCUUUUCAUGAGAAGUUCACGCUCAGCCCCGAACAGAACGGACCCCGCCGACCUCUGCCCACAUAGUAAUAGUCAUCAAGCUCGUGUUGCGUCCCCCUUGCCAUAGCAAACGCCUCUGCCCCUGGCUUUGGCUUUGGCCUCAAUGCGGCUACUGGCGGCGUCAUUCCGUGUUCAAGCUCAAUCCCCAUCCCCAGCCCUAGUCCCAGUCCCAGUCCCAGUCCCAGUCCAAGCUGCUGUCGUGAGAAGCACAUACUCGCGCGCACACACAUACAAACACACCCGCACCCGCAUCCGUAUCCCACAUCCGCAUCCACAUCCACAUUCAUGACUCCUCCUCGAUCUGCAGCUCUGUCUGAAUCCGACUUGGUCGUAGGCGACAUAAACACAAUCUGCUGUCGACGUUUGGCUACAAAACUAGGUGGUACUGAGGAGGAGCUGGAGCUAGAGCUGGAGCUGAAGCUCCCUCUCAUGGAGAUUGGUAUGGUAGGAGUAUGUAAUUAUGUAGCCUCGACUAGGGCCUGCCGUUCGGACGUCGGUCAAGUGCAGAGCCGGGCAUUUCUGCACGGCACUUGGACUCUUGGAGCUGGGCCAUGGCCAUGCCA